AUGGGCCGCAACCAAGUGCAGACGAGGGCAGGGAAGCUCAGCAGCACACGGGGACCCCGAGAGGACGCAGCCUGGCCAGCUCGGCGGGGCCCCUCUCACAGAACCCCCGAGUGUGGCCACGCCCUGGCGCAGGCUCUGGAGCUCAGGGAGCCGCAGCAGCCCGAGGAUGGGGAGCCCGAGGAGGACACAGUCACAGCCCUGCAGCGGCUGGUGGAGCUGACGGCCCCUCGAGUGACCCCCCUGAGGAGCCUACGGGCCCAGUACCGCCUCAUCCGCAAGCUCGGCUCCGGCUCCUACGGUCGCGUGCUCCUGGCCCGGCCUCACCCUGGGGGUCCCGCCGUGGCCCUGAAGCUCUUGCGGCGAGACUCGGUGCCCAGGAGCACCUUCCUGAGGGAGUUCUGUGUGGGCCGCUGCGUCUCCUCACACCCCGGCCUGCUGCGGACGCUGGCGGGGCCUCUGCAGACACCCCAAUACUUUGCCUUUGCCCAGGAGUAUGCACCCUGUGGGGACCUCAGCGGCAUGCUCCAGGAAAGGGGCCUCCCAGAGCUGCUGCUGAAGCGGGUGGCGGCCCAGCUGGCCACAGCCCUGGACUUCCUGCAUGGCCGGGGCCUGGUUCAUGCCGAUGUCAAACCAGACAACGUGCUAGUCUUCGACCGGGUCUGCAGUCGUGUGGCCCUGGGAGACCUGGGCCUCACCCGGCCCGAGGGCAGCCCGGCCCUUGCGCCCCCCAGGCCCCUGCCCACUGUGCCCCCAGAGCUCUGCCUCCUGCUCCCCACCGCCACCCUACCCCUACGGCCGGCUGUGGACUCCUGGGGCCUGGGGGUGCUCCUUUUCUGCACCGCCACUGCCAGCUUCCCCUGGGAUGUGGCACUGGCCCCUGACCCCGAGUUUGAAGCCUUUGCCCGGUGGGUGACUGCCCGGCCCCAGCCCCCUCAGCCCCCGCCCCCUUGGGACCAGUUCUCACCUGCAGCCCUGGCUCUGCUCCGGGGGCUCCUGGACCUGGACCCUGAGACGAGAAGCCCCCCACUGGUGGUCCUGGAGUUCCUGGGGGACGACUGGGGACUGGAGCAGGACGGAGCAGGGACUGGGGACUCUGCGGUAGAUGGGGAGGAAGUGGGGGAGGAAGGGGGCUCAAGCUUGGAGGAGUGGACAGACGGGGAGGAGGAGGACAAAGAG